AUGUUAGUGAUGCUGCUGCUGUUUGAUGAUGAUGAUGAUGAUGAUGAUGGUGAUGAUGAUGAUGAUGAUGAUGACGGUAGUAAUGUUGGUGAUUCUGAUGGUGACGGCGAUAGCUUGAGAAAAAAUUUUGAUGGAAUUAAAAUAGAAAAAAAAAAGAAGAAAGAAGAAAGAAGAAAGGAGAAAAAAAAACAAAAGGAGAAGCAAAAAAUAUUUUAAAC